GGGCCACGUCCGUGUGAUGUGGAGUUUGAGACGGAUAACGCCCGUGGCGGAAGAAUAUUUUUUAAUUGUGGACUUUUCUUUCUCAUUCAAGAGAACAGUAAUCACUUUCACUGAUUGAAUUAUCCCUAAAUCUUGUAAAAUUUAUUUGAAUGAAGGUUUUCAUGUGUUUCAAUUGUACAAAAUAUAAUUUCAACCAAUACACAGCACUAUAUUUUUGCUCUAAAAUUGUACACAUAUAAUGGGCUCAACUUCCGGGUUGAAGGUCAUUUGCAUUUCACGUGUAGUUAAAGUCUUUCGCGAGCAGCUAGCAGUACAGAGCAGUGACGCAGACGGUCCGAAAACGUAGUUUUAAUUUUACUAGAAGACUUCGGUUCACGGAGAUUGGGAGUUUCUCAUAGUGAUAAUAAGCAUCGUCGUCUUUUCGAAAGUAUGGCUAGUCAAGUGGAAGUUAUUCGCAUAGGCUCGAGAAAGAGCGAGUUGGCCAUGAUACAAACCAAUCAUGUUGUGGAACUGUUGCAGAAAGUUCAUCCAGAUGUGGAAUUCAAGAUUGUAACCAUGGAAACCAUCGGGGACCACAUUCAAGACAAGCCACUCGCAUCCAUCGGAGAAUCCAACCUCUUCACCAAAGAACUUGAGAAAGCUCUAGCGCUAGAUGAAGUUGAGAUGAUCGUCCAUUCUCUUAAGGAUAUGCCGUCAAAGUUGCCCUCUGAUAUGGCCAUUGGAGCCAUUUGCGAGAGAGAAGAUCCCCACGAUGCGUUGGUCCUUCGUAAAAAUUUAAGUGGAAUCACAAUCGACACAAUGAAAGAAGGCAGUGUGUUAGGCACGAGCUCAGUCCGAAGAGUGGCCCAACUGAAGAGAAAGUUUCCACAUCUUGUUUUUAAAGAUGUUAGAGGAAAUUUGAAUACGAGGCUGAGGAAAUUAGAUGAAGCCAAGGAUUACGAUGGAUUGGUGCUCGCUGUAGCUGGCCUCAUGAGAAUGGGAUGGGAACACAGAAUAAGCCAGAUUCUAAAGCCAGACACCUGCAAGUACUCAGUCAGCCAGGGGGCUCUUGGCAUUGAAAUCAAAUCAAACAAUCAGCGGAUGCAUGCACUACUCAAACAACUCAAUCAUGUACCAACACUGAUCCGAUGUAUAUCAGAGAGGGCGCUGUUGAAGACUCUAGAGGGCGGAUGCAGUGCGCCCGUCGCCGUUUUCUCAGAAUUAGAAGAUAAUAAGUUAACACUCGAUGCAUCAGUACUGAGUCUGGAUGGAACAGAAUUAAGAGAAGAAGAGAACUCAAUUACCCUACCUCAGCAGUUAACACAAGAGCACUCCAUCGAUACAGAAACCGGUGCUGAGAUACAGCUCUUUUCCAGCGUCAUCGCCCCUUGGAUAUCCCAGAAUGCCAUGCAGGAAGCCGAGGCUCUCGGCGUAAGCGUUGCGAAGGGUCUAUUUGAGAAAGGAGCUGGGCCCAUUUUAGAAGCAGCUAAAGCAGAGAUAGCGGAAAGGAGAAAGUGAGAUCGAAGUCAUUCUUUCACUCUACAGACUGUAUACUGCUGUAAUAGUCUAGCUAUUCAAGGCCCUGUUUCACGAAAGUUGCAAUCAAUGACAAAAGAAAAGCUCCUGUUACAGGCUACCGGUAUAGUGCAAUGUGAUUGGCCAAGGGGACAUUUGCCAUAGAAUUCCUGCUUUUGUUAUUUCAUGAAACAGGAUUGAGAUGGUCUUUCAUUAAAACCUGUGUAUGACUUUGCUGUUGACUCGAAUAUGAGAAACGACAUGCUGUGCAAUUCAGACUUCUGAUUUUAUUUUGCACAUAUUGGAGUCUUCCCAUGAGGCCGAGGGCCCUGAGGUCGAAGAUUACAAAUGUCUACAUCAAAUUAUGUUCUGCUUAGCCUAAUCAUAUAAACAUUGCUUUCAGUUUCAAAACAUGCCCCAAAGGUGCAUAGUUGAUGUCUACCUGUGUAUUUCAGUAUACAUUGAAGGUUAAUUAGCAACAACAAAAAUGAGAUCCAAUGCAGACUAAAAGGUGAGUCUUUGCUCAAUCGUUUAACAAAAGAUUGUCUUUUUGGUGUUGUGAGAUAGAGCAUCUAUCAAUAUUGACAAAUAUCUCCUUCAUAUUUAGAAAUGUUUUUCACAGCUUUUCAUUUCUUUUCUUCUUAAAUGCUAUGCUCUUUAUACACAAUUCAAAAAGUAAAAUCAUUAGUAAUUGUAUCAAGUUUUUCACAAAGCAUGUUGAUUGUAAGAAAUAUUAAGUAACAGUCACACAGCUUUAUGACACACAAUCCAUAUGCCUUACAUUACAGGGUUAUGAAAUGCUGACAUCAAUUAAUAAUGAUAUAAUUGUUAGAUAUUUUAAUGGAAUAUCAUUGGAAUGGAAAAUUAUUAAUUUUGAUGGAAUAUCAAUUAGUAAUGACUCCAUCAUGUCUUCUUUUUUUUUCCUGCCUUAUAUGAUAGGAUUGAUAACUGCAAAAUGAAUCAAUAUUGAUGUUAUUGAUAUACAUUUAAAUGGACCAUCAUUGUAAUGGAGCUUUGUUAAUCAAUCAAAGAAAUAUGGUGGAGUAAUGACUCAAUUGUCUUACGUGUACUUGCCAAAUGAUUUUAUGAAAUAUGGUUGUUGCUAUAUGGGGCAAUGCAGGGCUCCACACUAACCCUUUUUUUCUACUGGUCCGAACCUAAAAUUUACUGGUCCCCAAAAUAAAGAAAAACAGAAGAGACUAGUUUAUUUUGCUGUCUUUUAUUGUUUAUUUUUAACCCCCCCCCCAAAAAAAAAAAUACACUACAACAUAAUUCAUGAGAGCCAUUUUUUUAGACUACAGUACCAUUUUUAUGAUCAACAAAAAAGAAUGAAGUAUAAUUUGUAUCAGUUUGAUAUAUUUUUAUACUGGUCAUGUCGGACCAGUAAAUCUGUCUUUUUCUGAAAAGUUACUGGCCUGAUAUUAAUUUGUACCGGUAUGGGACCGUCGGACCAGUGCCAGUGUCGCGCGCUGGGGAAUGUAACCCCCGUGUUCCUGUUUCUACGAACAAAGCUGCGUAGUAUUGAAUAGGAAUUGGAGAAUGUUCCUAUUUCUGGGAUUUUCCUUAGUAGUUUGUUCUAUUACACAUUGGAUUUCAUGUGUAGGACUUACCGGUGUAUUGCAUUUUGCAGGAAAAGAACAUCAAGAAACAAAACUGCAUUCUGUGCUAUGCAUGGAAAAUUAAGUUUUUUUUCUUUCUUUUCUUUCAAGUUAUAUACAUGUAGGCUGAGAGAAAGGGCUAGAGUUUGUUUUGUACUUUUUCAAACAAAAACAUUUUGGACAUUUAGUACAUUUUGGAUUAUAUCCAGGUUUUGUCUUUCGAUAUCAGUUUUUUUUUUUCAGGAAAGAUUAUUGUGACUUAUGCCUUCUACGUAUGAAUAACCUAUCAAACAUUAAGAUUAAGAAAGUCUUAGCACAAAAUCAUUCAUUUUUAGAAUAGUGUUAUUUGAUAAUUUUAUACCAAGCAGAUGACUUAAAAUUCAAGUGUCUCAUCAAGCUUUUAAUUCUGUACACAGGCAAAUAUGUUAUGGAAACUCCAGUUAAAAAAUAAAGUUGGCCUCUUAUAAUAUUAAAUAUGCAAUGUGCUUAGAGACUAUUACAAAUUUUGGAAAUCAAGGUGGCAUGAAUAGGGGUAACUGUUUUUAUCUACUACAUAAGUGUAAAAGUUGAUAAACACUGCAUACACUGUAUUAACUUUUUAUAACCUCUCUUUGCUUGUUAAAAACACUGCCCAUAAUCAAGUAUUGUCUAUUAACCUCCUACCCAUUUCUAAAAUGAUAAACCCAUGUCAUUACAUUGGACGUUUCAUUUUCAUUAAUGCAAAUCAUGCCAGUUUAGUCAGCCAGUUUGAGAUUAAUUCUUGGACCAUUAGUGCCUUAUUUCAUACCAUUCUGUGCAAUAGUUCUUUGAAUGUAUGUGACAUUGUACUGGUGUAUGAUCAGCUGAUAAAUGACUAUAAUAGGAGCAUUAUAUCUUGGACCGACGUCACCUUCCGAAAGACGCGACCAGGGCUCAAACAUUAGCAUCAAUUUCUAACUUUUCCCCAUGUAGCUCUGAUUACAGGCGCACACCACAAGGCUAAGUAGAAAGAAAGCAAUGGUUUAUUUCUCAUUUUGUUAUUGACUAAAUUUUGUCUUCAUUAUAUAUCAAGAUUAUUAUGAACAAUCAUGUGGCAAUCCAGAGUUUAUGACUAUCACAAGAAAAACCCAUAAUCAUCAUUUGACAAACUUAUGAUUACUAAGCCUAGUAACCGUAAGUUUGUCAAGUGGUAAUUAUAGGUGUAUCUUGUGAUUGUCAUAAAUUUACCAUGUUCAUUUGUGAUAACCUGCUCUCAACCCAGGUGAGGUGAAUGGGUACCCGGUAGGAAGAUUUUCCUCGAAUGUUUAAGCGCCUAUGUGGCAGCUCAGCUACAGCCGGGGUAAUAAUAUGAUACAAAGAGUUAAUGCUCUAUAUAAAUGGUUCAUAUUAUUAUAAUGAUAAUAUUAAUAUAUUGAUAGUUUAUCAUGUGAAAAUCAUAUUUUUACCUGUCAAACAAAAACAAUAGUUUGAUUCUGGUGUUUUACUGUUUGGUGAUCUUGUUUAAUCCAUAGGUUCGAUCACAGAGUUACAUGUACAAUACAUGUGGAGUAUUCAUUAGUGCACUGAACUGUGGAUUAUCUUAGAUAAAGUUUGUUGCACUGAUCACUAACUUAUCCAUAAUAUACAUUAUGGAUAAUAACGUAUUCCCCAAUUGGCUGAAAGUUUGUUAAUUCAUUUCUAAAUAUGUCACUGCUGUAUUCUUGAUUAGUAUAUACUUUCUUCUUUUUUAUACUUUAAUAGAUGGUACCAGAUCUUGAAUAUAAAGCAAAUAAUCAACACAUGGUUUCAGGGCAAUAAAAGGGACUUUCAGAAAUAUGAAAGUCAACAAUCAGAUUGCAUCACAAGGGAUUGUCUAGCUAAUCACCUUCACCGUUAGGAAUUACUUUAAUGCAAUAUGAAAGAGUGUAUGUACUUAUUAUUCAUCAUGUAAUGUACUUUUAUUUCAUUUUAUCCUCGGGAAUCAAUGGGAUCAAUAUUGUGUAAAGAUAAGCAACCUCUAUCCUUGAUUUAAAAGGAUAUUAUUUUAGUAUUUACCAAAGUAUGAAAAAUGAAUAAAAAUGUACUGGUUUAUACAACAUUCCAA